CUGGCAGGUGGGAACUGAAGAGGCCCGGAACACAAAUGUUGCUCGCGAGUGCGCUUGUCGGAGAGGUGACCCGAUGGCAUCGCGUGCUGCUGGGGCAGAAGGAAGGGAAUGGCGCGAGCGCGGGUGCUGGAGCUGUACAGCGGGAUCGGCGGGAUGCACCAGGCGCUGCAAGCAAGUGGUAUUCCUGCAGACGUUGUUGCAGCUGUCGAUGUAAACACAGUGGCAAAUGAAGUUUACAAGCACAACUUUCCCACCAUCCCACUGUGGUCCAAGACAAUUGAGGGCAUAUCUUUAAAGGAGUUUGACAGACUAUCUUUUGAUAUGAUUUUGAUGAGCCCUCCUUGUCAGCCUUUUACAAGAAUUGGCCGACAGGGUGAUACUUCUGAUCCCAGGACCCGAAGUUUCCUCUAUAUUCUUGACAUUCUUCCAAGGCUUACAAGACUACCAAAAUACGUGCUGUUAGAAAAUGUCAAAGGCUUUGAAACAUCUAUGGCCAGAGACAAACUCGUCCAAACACUAGGAAAGUGUGGUUUUGCAUAUCAAGAAUUCCUUUUGUCUCCAACUUGUCUUGGCAUACCAAACUCCAGGCUGCGGUACUUCUUGAUUGCAAGGCUUCAGUCAGAACCCUUCCCCUUUCAAGCACUGGAUAAGAUAUUGACUGGUUUCCCAAACUUGAAGCCAGUGACUUCAGAGAUACCCAAAGAUGCUACAAGGUUGGAAGAAGGUGGAUCCCCAGUCCCUAUGAAAGAAGCAGCCUCUAGUUCCAAAGAUAACAGGCAACAGUGCUGGCGGAAGGAGGAGUUCCUGUUUAAGCUUGAAACAACUGAAGAACUAGAAAGGAAGCAGCAAAUGGACAAUGAUGUAUCCGUGCAAAUGUUAAAAGAUUUCCUCCAGGAAGAUGGAGAAGGACUGAGUCAAUAUUUCCUACCUCCCAAGUCUUUAUUGCGUUACGCUUUCCUUCUAGACAUUGUGACACCUACUUGCAGGAGAUCUACAUGCUUCACGAAAGGGUAUGGCCACUAUAUAGAAGGAACUGGCUCAGUGUUGCAGACGGCAGAGGAUAUCCAGCUUGAAUCAGUGUUUAAAUCCUUUGAGACUUUGUCUGAAGAAGAGAAGCUUAUGAAACUGUCAACACUUAAACUGCGGUACUUUACUCCAAGGGAAAUAGCAAAUCUACAUGGGUUUCCUCCUGAAUUUGGUUUUCCUGGCAAUGUAACCAUGAAACAGCGUUACCGUCUGCUGGGGAACAGUCUCAACGUACAUGUGGUUGCAAAAUUAAUCUCAGUUUUGGUUGGAUAACAUUGGGAUGCAACAUGGCCAGGGGGCUGCCCAGUGAACAUUCUGCUACAGAUUUCUUAUUUGGAAGCGGAGUAAAACUGGUCACCAGAGACUAUUUGUAAGGCUGCUCAUGUUUAACUUUCAUUACAAAUACCUAUCUCAAGAAUACAUCUCGUUCAUUGUAUGUGGCUGUCAUAUGAAUUGUGGAAAAACACAGUAAAAAAUCAAAGUUUAGUUUUACCUUAUACUUUGUGAAUGCUGAAACCUUCAUGGAUUCAUGAAAAAUAGAUUGUCUAUAAAAAUAUGGUGAUCAG